CUAAACAUGAAGGAAAUCUGAAAACAGAGGAAACAGUCAUAUCCUCACCUCCCCCACUCAAAAUGCUAACAACCGAGCACAUGACAGGCACAACUACAGAAAACAUGAAGAUUAAAGACACAACAAUAAGUACGGAAGUCAUCAAUCGAAGCAGUGCAGAGAAAGAUGACGGACUGCCGAGUGCAGAGGAGAGUCCAACAACCAGAGUGAGUCUAGAACCCGAGGCUCACACUGAGCCAGGAUUUAUGACGAGUAAAACAGAAACUACACAAGCAAAGACUGAAAAGCGAUUCUCGGGUCUCAGGAUGAGAGAAGACGUCCUAGAAAAUAUAACCAAAUUUCUGAGAGGCACAGAGAGUGAAGGAGGAGCUUUAAUAAGCAGGACAGAAACUGGAAGAAAAGAAGAUCAAAACGAUCCAGGAGUGGACUCAUUUACAUUUUCAGCACAUUUGGAAGCAAAUCACAAAGAAGCUUCAGACAAGCGUGCACAAAUUUCAGGGGACGGUGUGCCACUCUGCAGAGGUUUAAUACACCGCACAAAAGCUGGCCUGAAACACUGCAUAGAGAGACAAGGAGGAACAAAGUCGGAGAUACUUUCCUCAGGGGAUCCUGUGGAUGCAGGAGAGCUGCAGAGAGACUCUAUCGGCAACAAUGACAACAACCAUCUCAAUGAUGAAGAAAAUGAUCAUUUCUAUUAUUUUGAUGGCGUACUGAAAAGAGUUCAAAAUAAUUUUUACCCCCAUUACAAGAGAGAGACACACAACGGCGUUCCCACAGAGAGACAAAAGAAAGACACUCGUGAAAAUCUUCUCAGUUAUAUUCACCGUCUUACAUUGAGGAACAGGGUCAGCGACUUCAGAAGAGUAGGUGCUGAAGAUGAUGUCCAGAGACAUGGUCGGUAAUCUCUGAAAAUAAAUGGAAUCCACAAAGUGACUGAAGGACCUGAACCUUGAAGAAUGAAAGAAAACGUCAGCACUAAUAUGAGCUUCACCCACUGGACACCAAGUGAAAAGCAAUGUCCUGUUUGAAGGGUCAAGUAAGGUGGAUCAUACAAAGCUACUAACUUCCCUUCACAUCCAGUUAAUAACAGUCUGAGAACAGACAGGAGAGGGAGACAUCACACUGAAGGUACUACGAACCUGAAUUUUAGUAUUCAUAAAAACAAC